AUGGCGCCUCUUACUGGAUAUUCAGGACCAUUUGAAUUUUUUGCUAAGAUGUUUCUGGAGGGAAAAAGUAAGCUUAUCAAAACACGCUCCAUAGAAAAAGCCUUAAAUCAACAUCAAUUUAACCACCCUACCGCCGUUUCAGACCAGUUCUCUCUUCCAGAUCAUUCCAUCAAGGACAUAGAACUCAUUUCGUUCGAACACAGGGACAGUAUUCAUAAGGCCCGCGAAGGAUUUUUAAUUUUUGUUGGCAAAACACUUGAACCCUGUGGGAGGAACGGACGAGAUGAAACUUGAUCUAUUGAUAUAAAUUUUAAUAGUAACCUCUUUACACAAAAAUUCGUCUAUUGUUUUUCUCCACCAAUCACAUUUUAUUUUUAUAUAUGCAUUAUUUUAAAUACUGUAACCGUUUAUUCUAUUCUUAGUUAGCUUUUCUAGCCCCUGAUGAAGACUAGUUUUGUGUAGCCUGGGACCAGGCUCGCAGGGGGGGAAGGCAAAAAACGGGGUCAAAUAGGAAAAAUAUGUAAAUAUCGGCGAGCGAAGCGAGGGAGGAAGGAAAGGGCCACCCUUUUCUCUCCCUAGACUACCUCUCGAUUUUUUUCUCGCCCACGCCGAUUUCUUUCUUUUUUCCCCCAAUGCGGAACCUGGUCCCAGGCUAAGUUUUGUCCAGUCGAAAUAUUGGGCAAAUAAAUUUGUAUAUUGUAUGACUCUCGUUCAUGAUCAGGGUAAAUAAGCUUAUUGUAUUUAAUUUCAGCGUUUUGGGGGUCUUGGCUGGAGCAUGUGCUCGGCUGGUGGGAACACAGAGAUGAUUCCAACGUUUUGUUCCUUAAGUAUGAAGACUUGAAAGAGGUGUGUGAUAAUCCCGGCCCUAGCGUGAUAAUAUUAUAGAUGUAACUUUAUAACUAUUGCAGACUGUGAAGUGUAUAACAAUAAGGAAACUAAACUGAGAUAUUUAAAGCCUGCUUGAAAGGCCUGAACCAGGAAUUUUUUUUUUUUUGGGGGGGGGGGAGAUGCAUCUUGAAUGACCAUGGAAAGAAAUAAUGGAGUUAAUCUUCGUUGAAUGAGUGGGCCUCUUCUCCUCUUCUUCUUCUUCUUCUUCUUCUUCUUCUUCUUCUUUUGUUUUUGUUUCUAAAUCUACCGUGGUUAAAAUUUUAAAUAAAAUAGUCAUUCCUUUUGUUAUUUGUUUUGACAGGAUCUGCUUUCCCAGGUGACGAUUACAGCUGAUUUCCUGGGAAAGCCACUGAGUGAACAGGUUCUUAAACGCAUCGCUAAGCAAUGCUCCUUUGACGAAAUGGUCAAAAAUUCAGAAGCUUACUGGAUGAUGACUCAAGACAACAAAUUGCCCAACUUUCUUAGGAAAGGACAGGUCGGAGGCUGGAAGGAAGAUUUUACGCCUGAGUUGUCUGCGAAAUUUGAAAGCGAGUUUCUAAGCAAACUGGAGGGUUCUGGACUCCAUUUUGCCUUUGAGUAA